GCCAGGUGAGGCGACAGCACGUUCCAAGGCAGCCUCGCCAAGCGCCUCCACUCAGUCUCGGAGGAGGAGGAGGAAGAAGAGGAGGAGGAGGAGCUCCUCGCCCCGCCCCGGCCCGGGCGGAGUCGCCGCGGCUGCUGACAUGUUUCCCCGGGAAGGAGUCACGCGCGCUUUUCCUCGGGGCUGCUUUCGUGGAGCCCCUUCGGGACAGGAUCGCCCAGCAGCCUGCACGGUUACCGCCGGCUGCGUCUGAUUCCGGGGAACCGCCUCGCUCGUCGGCGGAUCUCUGGAGCGGGGAAGAUGAAGUGUGUGCUGAUUACUAGUGAGGUGGCAGAGGUCCUGUUCUACUGGGCUGACCCAGAAUUCAUGGCAAUUCUGCACCAGCGCUUUGGGGGCCAUGAUCAAGGUGGUGGUGAGGCCCCCGCUCUGGAAGACAGCAUCAACACACUGUUUGCCCCCAUAAUCAUCUCCUGCACAACGCUACUAGAGAAACUAGGGGACACAUACACUUGCUUCUCCGCUGAAAAUGGCAAACAUCUCUAUGUGUUACAUAUGUUUGGUGAGUGCCUGUACAUUGCUGUGAACGGCGAUGGCUCUGAGAGCGAGGAUGACUUGCGCCGUAAGCUGUACGUGCUCAGGAGACUGGCUGAAGCUCACUUUGGACUAGUCACGCUCGACAACCACCUCUUCCGCAGAGAGCUGCGCCCAGGGGAUUCUGAGCAGCGGGCUCACAUUUGGGGACUGUUUCAGAGCCUCCUUCAGACCCAUCACCAGCUCCGCCAGGAUGACCAAAGCUUUGCUGUGGAGGCCGUGGAGCGACUGAUCCACCCUCAGCUGUGUGAGCAGUGCAUUGAAUUCCUGGAGCGCCAGGUCGUGCAGCACAUCAAUGGCAGCCCAGAGCGUGCUGGGCAUGAAGUCGUGCAUGCCUUCCUGCUUGUGCACACCAAGCUCCUUGCCUUUUACUCCAGCCGGAAUGCCAGCUCUCUGCGGCCUGCUGACUUGCUCACGCUCCUUCUCAUUGUGCAAGAUCUGUAUCCCAGCAACGCUUCUGAGGAGCUGCCAGCCUCCCAGUUCUCAGAGGAUGAGCCAAGUCUCCAGAGGCUCCAUAGCACUGAAAGCACCCCAACGAACAGCCUUUGUUCCCAUGCAUCUUCCCAAGAACAAGUAGCAGAUGAUCUCUCUAUGCCCGAGGAGUUCUUCACCCCCAAGGCUUCCCCUAGCCAACAGAGCACAGGAAGCACGGCUUGGGCUGAUGGUGUGGACUUUCAGGGUGAGGGGGAGACGAAUUCUGCUGACAUCCAGAUGGCUGAGGAUUCGCUGCAGUUUCUGGCGCCUCCGGCGUCGGAGGGUACCAAUCCGCGGAGAAUUUUCCUAGACGCCAACUUGAAGGAAGGCUACUGCCCCAUGAUGCCCCACAUGAUGUACUGCCUGCCUCUCUGGCCAGGAAUCUCGCUGGUGCUCCUCACUAAGAGCCCCAGUUCCCACGUGGCACAUUCCAUCUACCAGCUGCUGGAUGGAUUUAUGGUGCUGGAGAAGAAGCUGAAAGACGGGCAGGAGAUCAAGCCUCAGCUGCGCUCUCAGCCGGUUCUUGUGGAACUCCGGCAUCGGAUGGACAACUUUGUCAGGAGGUUGGGUGGGCAAGAGCCACAGUUGCAGAAUACCUGGCUGGAAUUCAAGAACAGAGCUUUCUCUCGGAACGAGACUGGGAGUUCCUGCGAGCUUCUGCAGGCCUUCUGCCGCAUCCGGAGGCAGCUGUGUGCCGUGUAUCGGCAGCUCUUUCUCGGAUCCUCUGGGACGCAGGGCCUGCCGCAGAACUUGCUGGACCAGGUGCAGCAGCUGACGCGGGACAAGCUGCAAGACUGGAGAGAUUUCCUGCUGGUGAAGAGCAAGCGCAAUGUUACCAUAGUGUCAUAUCUGGAGGACUUCCCAGGGCUGGUGCACUUCAUCCACGUGGACCGCACAGUGGGGCAGAUGGUGGCUCCAUCCCUUGGUGCCGCAGAGGACUCUGCUUCAGAGCUAGGCAAGGGGCCUUUGCCUGCCUUCAUCAAGCAGAAGGUGUGGUCCUUGGUGGCGCUAGCGAGAAGCUACUUGCAGAAGGGCUAUACCACGGUGACAGUCCGGGACGGAGACUACUAUUGCACCUACUUUCUUUGGUUUGAGAAUGAGAUGGGUUACAGGCUGGAGGUUACGGAAGUGCCGGUGCUUUCGGAUGAUUCGGCCCCCAUUGGGACAUUGGCCGGCGACUAUUACAGGAAGCUGCUCCGUUACUGCAGCAGGACCCAUGCGAACGAAGUGGUGAAGUGCUAUGAACUCCUCACCAUCCACCUGGGCGUUGUGCCAACUGAGUUUGUGAUCCAGCAGGCGUGUGACUUGGCCCGGCGACUUUGGGAGCCAACCCGCAUCCCCUUGCUCUAGGGGUUUCAUUAGUGGGGACUCUACUUUCUGGACUCUUCCGUGUGCGAGCCUCAGAUCUCUAACAUCUCUGCUUCUUUUGGGUUCUGUUCUGCCCGCCUGCCGUGCAGAAUCCAACAUCCUUGUCUCAAAGAAAUGGUGGCUUUCCUCAGGGCACUGAAACUAAUGGGAGCAAAUUGCUUUCAAGGCAAUGCUAGAGACAUGUGGCACACUGACACUGUGUGAAGUUUGACUCAAGGAGCUCCCAUCUUCUCCUUGCACAUGCAAGGAUCUCUAUCUGUGAGAGAGGUGCGUAAGCCAGAAAGGAUGGUCAACCUGUAGCAUGAGAUGCCCACAACCAAUUUCCCCCUGAAGCAGCUAGGAAUAAUCGGGAGCAAAGCUUUUCUUGAGACUGUCACUUGUGAAAGGGUUUUUGAGAAUGGACUCUCAAACCUGGUGCCUGGUACGUCAUCAAACUUGCUCCGCUGUUGGAAGUUUGUUUUUGUUGCAAUUGGGGAAUCUUAUCUUCCCAUGGCGGAGAAGGAAAAGUGCGAGGAGAGCCAACUGCAUUUAACCCCUCCCCAUAUUAAAAGUGACAGGUUUCAGCUGAACAAUUCUGUAGGCUUGAGUGCCUUCAGAAAUGUGUGGUUUAACAGAAAAGAUGGAGAGUUACCAGCAAUUUAAACCCUGCACUUGUACUUCUGAGAUUGAAGUUGGUUUGGAGGAUCUGAGAUGUUUUCCCACAGCACAGAUAAAUGCAAAGUGCCUCUUUCAAGGAAGCAGUCCCUGGAAAGAGGGAGAUGAAUAAACACAAAUAAACCUUUAACUGAAAGCAUCUUCCAUACCAAAAAAAACAUUGACUGUCUGCAGUGCAGGGUUAUAGGAUAGAAAUAUCUCUUGCAAUUGGUGUGCAAGUUGGCUACAAACUCUAGUAGCAUUUUUAAAUGUAUGUUUAGGAAACUGGAGUAAGCUAAACAUUUUGUAAAUGAACAGUAUUGGCUGUCUUAAAAUAAAUGUUACCCCCUAGGUCAA